GUAAACCCUGGGUUGCAUAAACACAUACAUAUUUCGACACUUACAUACUACACUUGUAGUUGAACCAAGGGCAGAAGCAUGAAGAAGAAGAAGAAUUUUUCAGCUUCUUCUCAAAAGAAGAAGAGAUUUUCUGAUCCGUUUUUCGAGUCGGAAGGAGGUGACAACAAGCGCCGCCGCAAGUUUGCCGGCGACGAUGAUAUAGAGAGCAGCGAUGACGACAAGGAAUACUUGUCCGGAGGGGAGGAAGAUGAAGAGGACAACGAAGUUGAGGAAACCGCGGCCGAGAAGAAGAAGCGGCUGGCGGAUGCGUACUUGGAAAAGAUCAGGGCUAUAGCCAGUAGGGAUGAGGAAGACACACAGAGUGGGGACGAGAGAGAUAGAGAGGAGAUUGAGGGAAAGAGAGAUUCUUUGGUUGCCAAGAUUUUGCAGCAGGAGCAGCUGGAAGAGAGCGGCCGCAUCCAAAGAGCCAUUGCUUCUAGAAUUCAGACACCAGAACCUGGAGAAGGAUUUCGAGUUUUACUAAAACAUCGCCAAGCAGUUACUGCCGUGGCUCUAUCUGAAAAUGACUUAAAGGGGUUCUCUGCAUCCAAGGAUGGUACUAUAGUUAGCUGGGAUGUAGAGAGUGGGAAGAAAGAGAAGUAUUCUUGGCCUAGUGAUGAAGUUUUGAAGUCUCAUGGAGCAAAGGAUCCACAAGGUCGAGCAUCGAAGCAUAGUAAACAUGUUCUAGCAUUGGCUAUCAGCAGUGAUGGCAGGUAUAUGGCAAGUGGGGGCAUGGAUCGUCAUGUUCAUUUAUGGGAUGUUCGAACACGAGAGCAUAUUCAGACUUUUCCUGGCCAUAAAGGACCUGUUUCAUGCUUAACAUUCAGGCAAGGAAGUUCAGAACUGUUUUCAGGGUCAUUUGAUCGAUCGGUCAAGAUUUGGAAUGUAGAGGAUAGAGCUUAUGUAAACACACUAUUUGGGCACCAAGCUGAAGUCCUAACAAUUGAUUCAUUGCGGAAAGAGCGAGUUUUGACAGUUGGUCGUGACAGAACCAUGCAUUUAUUUAAGGUUCCUGAGGAAUCACAAUUUAUAUUUCGCGCUUCUGCUUCUUCCCUAGAAUGCUGUUGUUUCAUCAAUAAUGAUGAAUUCUUAUCAGGUUCUAGUGAUGGAAGUAUAGAACAUUGGACUGCAAAGAAGAAGAAACCCAUUCACAUUGUGAAAAAUGCACACACUUCACUUAUUGAGCAGAGAAGUACAGGAAUGCUGUCAAAUGGUGACAUAGGAAAUGUUGCCUUAAAUCCUGAGAGUGUCUCUUCAUCUGCACUCUCCUGGGUCAGUUCAGUGGCUGUCUGUAGAAGCAGUGAUCUUGCUGCCUCAGGAGCAGGCAAUGGUCUAAUUCGUCUUUGGAAAGUUGAGGGUGAAUCCAAGGGAAUCUGUCCUUUGUUUGAGAUUCCAUUGGCUGGAUUUGUAAAUUCUUUAGCUUUUGCAAAAUCUGGACGCUUCCUUGUUGCCGGAGUUGGAAAGGAACCUCGCUUAGGAAGGUGGGGUCGUAUUGCUAAUGCUCAGAAUGGAGUUGCUAUACAUUCUUUCAAGCACAUGUGAGGUUGGUAGACGGUUUGCUUGCUGCAACUUCGUCUCAAUACUAAAAAGGGUGUUCUCUCUUUGACGGUAACUCUUUUGGAUGCACGGGAGCAAGCUUUCCCACAGAAGUUAAGUACUCCAUUCAUACCUAAAUUUUGUAGUUGAAAGUUAAUCUCGUUUCGAUAUAAUUAGGCCCAAUAUAAUGCUGAGAGUGCUGUUGUAAGAUGGACAAUAGUGAAUCAAUCAAAAUUUUCAUCCCAGAGAAGCCAUUGUGUUUGCUAUUCAUUGUAGUUGUAAUUUUUGCAAGAGGAUUUUUUGGAUUAUGAGGCUCAAUUUUAAUUUUCUUAACUCAA